GAAAGUCAGUCGUCAUCGUUUUUUCGGUCCGGCCGCCGUGUAGUCUUCUGCGAAUAAAUAUCGAAUGGCACCUUUCCCAAAAGUUAAUGGGGGAAAAUAGUUAACUUUAGUAAGAGAUAGAACUUUUACGGGGUGAUGAAAAAGUGUUUCAAAAGUGACCGUUUUGGUUAGGAAAAACGAACCUAAAGAAUUUAAAGGACCAAGUUCAAGGUACAAUUUCAUUGAAAAGUGUUUGAACUGGCGAAAAAAGAAAAAGACGAAAAAGUUGCCGUGUGUUUUCUGGCUGGAAAAACGCAACAGAGAGACUGAUUCCGUCCACCGAUUAUGGCGAAGAGCACGACAAAGAAGAAUAAAAUGUGUAAAAACGCAUCAAUUAAUGCGUACAAGAAGAAUUUACUUACGGGGUCGUAGUAAAGUGGGUGCAUGGAUAAUAUAUACCCUAAAAAAGUGCAAUACUGUUGAGGUCGCUCAGGUGUUUCUUAUUCGAAGAACCAUAAAUGGGCUUGGGUCUAUGAUGUAAAAAUCGUAGCAACCUUUCAAUUAUUCCGCGAGACGAAAAAAGUAAAGAAGAAGAAGAAGAGCAAGUCUCUUCCCAAAUUGCGUGGUGGCCGGUCGUUUGCUGUGGGUGCAGCAGGCGACGAGAGAAAGAAGAAGAAGACAACAGGCUAUUCAUUUCUCUUCUGCUUCUGAAUAACAGCGAAUGAUAGCGCAUUUGCUACAUUGCAAGCUGGGGACGCGAGAAGGAGAAAAAUAUACAUAAGCAAGAAACAUAAAUAGACGGGUUGGAAAAACUUCAGACAACAGGCAGAAUACUGGUGGGGUCGAUUUGGUCGUGAAGCGAGAGAAGAGAAGAGUGGAUAAAAGACGACAAAGUUUUGGAAUUUUCAGUUCUAAAGUUGUCUUCAAUAAUAUCCCGGGGACAUUGUUUAGAUCUGUUGUGUGUGGGUCGAUAUUGAAUAAUUUUUCGAAAACGUGGCACCUCUUCUAAUCUCAUAGGCGUACCUACAUAUAUGUACGUAUGCCAAAAAGCUGGUCGCAGAGUCAAAGUUUGCUGAAUUAUUACUUUUAUUAUUCGCUAAGCAACAACAUCCCGCAAAGUUGUUUGGGGUGAUGAUCGUAGGCGGCCGUUGUUGGUAGCACGUCUAUAAUCGAAAGGAAGAAAGAGCGACAGCAGAGAAAAAGGCUAGCAACGCCAGAAACUGAGAAAAAUUUAGCUUUUUCACCGCCGCCGCCGCCUCACUGAACGGCCUUUGCAUGGUGGCAGUGAAAUCCGCGAAUCCGCUGGUUGGCUUGGGAAGGUUAACGAAAUGCAUCUGCUCGCCCUCCCCUUGAUUGCGUGAUUGUGGCAGGGUGACCAUCAAACAUAAACCACUACACUUAAAACCAUCAUCAGUGGCAAGAAACCGGCAACUGGCAGGAUCGAUAAAGAAACAGGGAAACACCAAGAAAUCCAUUCUGGCCUGGCUGUUCGUCUUCUUCCCGCAUCGGCAUCGGCACACGCAAGAAAAACCACACAAGACGUUGGUGCGGCGCAGCGAAGGUCGCGUGCAACCACCUAGCUAAUUAUUCCCACCUUCUCCCGGCUCUUCCUUGAUCCCAGGUAUAAGGUUGCUCGAGGCCCGCCCGCCGGAGGCGGAUUUGGUGUUAAGGUUACGACAAAUCCAAUCACCAAGAAAGCAGAAGAGAGGAAUUGAAAAUUACCCACCCAACCGAACGACCGAUGAUGACGAUGGAGGCCAUCGGCCUUGACGGACGUUUCUGUUGCUGCCGCCGGAUCUUCUACUCCCAAUGCGGGGAACAGCCACGAUUUACGGCCGUAGGAUAAGUUAAGCUAAGGAUAUACAGUGAAAGAGUGAAGCGACGACAUCAACAAAAAACCGGAAUCUAAUCUUUUCGCCCAUACUGUAUAGAAAACAGGACAAAUCCCGAAGACUUAAGGGUGGCUCCAGAGAGUUGCCGGUUAUUUUUUGUUCAAGUCUCUCUGGCCCAAGAAAGGAGGAACCAAAGGCACGCAAUUGAAUUUCGUUGCCACUGCUGCUGAUUUGUGGUCCCAGCUCCUCGUUGCUCUCUAGCUAAAGCAGCAGCUGAGUGGCUUGUGUUGGCCAUUGUAGAAGUAAAAGGUCACCGGUCCCACGACAUCGACAAGCGGAUACAAGGUUAUUAACGCCAUCGUCCGUUCGUGUGGUGCUGGAAAUAACAUUGGCCUACUUACUUUACCAUCGCCACUUGUGGCCAAUAAGAAAUCACAAAAACCUAUCGAAACCAGGCGCAAGAAGGUGGUCUGUGGUGUGGAGCGGCACGGAUCGAGUACCAGCACCAAUAGGAAGAGUGGUCCGGUUCCGCUCCGGUAGGAGGAAGUACGUGUGUGGGCUAAAUAAAAAGUCCCAACGAAUCGACGACGAUAAAAGUGAACCACCGCCGUUCGUUUGUUACUUUCUAAGGUUGGAAUCGCCAAACGGCCGUCGAAGGAAGGAACAAAGGAUCUCAGUCAGGUCAAUCCUUAAUUUAGUUUACUGGCUAGUUGGUGGUGAAGCUAACUGCAUAACAACAACAACAGCUGCUUGUGAAGGACCUUGGCGACCUUCGAUUGUGCCCUUUGCUUGUUGCCUCGCUGCAAAUGUUUGGACCACCGAGAAGUGAAAAGAUGGAGCUGAACAACGAGAACAUUCAGUCGGCGUCGGAGAUUGUUGAAAAUCGCCUCUACUUUGUCGCCUUCAAAAAGGACUUCAAACCGCGGGGCACCUCCAAUACCCACUACUUCAGCAUCGACGAUGAGCUGGUGUACGAGAACUUCUACAACGAUUUUGGGCCCCUAAACAUCAGCAUGCUGUACCGGUAUUGUUUGAUGCUAAACGAAAAACUCCGCUCGCCUGCCCAUGCCAAGAAGAAGAUCGUUCACUAUACGACGGUUGACGCUUCGAAAAGGCUAAAUGCGGCCUAUUUGAUGGGGGCCUAUUCGGUGAUCUAUCUGAAACGGACUCCGGAUGAGGCGUUGAAACCGUUGACUUCGGGAUGUAACGUGCUGACGUAUACCAAGUUUUGUGAUGCUUCGUAUGUGUACUCUGGCUAUCGGAUAUCGUUGUACGAUUGUAUUCACGCGGUGGCCAAAGCGCUGGACGCGGGCUUUUUCAAUUUUGAGGAUUUUGACGCUCAGCAGUAUGAGCAUUACGAACGGGUUGAGAAUGGAGACUUCAACUGGAUCGUUCCGGAUAAAUUUUUGGCGUUUUGUGGACCACACAACAAGUCGCGGCUGGAUAAUGGUUAUCCGAUUCAUGCUCCGGAGACGUAUUUCAAGUAUUUUCGCAAGCACAAUGUGACAACGAUCGUACGGCUGAAUGUUAAGAUCUACGAUGCGGCAAGGUUUACCGCGGCCGGUUUCAUCCACCACGAUAUGUUCUUCGUGGAUGGGAGUACGCCUAAUGAUGCUAUCCUUAAGAAGUUCUUGGUCAUCUGCGAGCAGACGGAGGGAGCGAUCGCGGUUCAUUGUAAAGCUGGGCUUGGUCGGACGGGAACCCUUAUCGGUGCUUAUCUCAUCAAACACUACAACUUCAACGCACUGGAAGCGAUAGCUUGGUUACGGUUAUGUCGACCUGGCUCCGUUAUAGGUCACCAGCAGCAGUGGAUGCUGAGUAAAGAAGCGUCCUUAAUGAGAGACGGUAUAGCCUACCGAAAAAAGCAUCCCAAUGCGGUGCCCGUAAAGCACGAGUACGGUAUCUACAGUAUUCGAAGGUUUGGAAACGACGAGGAAGAACAGGAGCAGGUCGUCAACAACACUUCGAUACGAAGCUACGUAUCGAGUUCGGGAUCUUCGUCGUCGAAUUCGUCUUCGGCAGCUUCCUCUACAACGACCACUCCAGUAGCAGUAAAAAUACCGGACGCAACUUCCUCCAGCGUCUGCAACAACCGAGUGCAGAUGCUGUUGAAGGAACGGGUGCGAGGCAUCUCCCACAAGGUGGACACUAUGCGACUGAACGAUGAAGACGAACAGCAACAGCAACAACAGAGCAAUCAGUUAAAUAAUAACUUUGACGGUGGAACAACUGCUGCGGUUGUGGAGUCGCGACGCCGUUUGGUAGCCGUCGACGUCGUUGACGGUGCACCGAAAGCACCGCUGAUAACAUCGGAUACGAAAUGUGCCACCAUUCCGGUAACGCGGAGGUCCAAAUCCGUGCGGACCAACCGGUUGAUCACGAUGGAGCAAUCUCAGCAGACGCAGGGGGACAAACUCAACCAGAUCAAGGCCAUGCGGAGGCGACCCUCGCGGUCGGCCAAUGUGAUCACUCAGUGCCAUGAAGAAACUGUAACUAACAAUCGGUUUAAUCUGAACCACCUGCAUCAUCACAACCAUCAUCAUCACCAUCACCACCACCACCAUACUCGUGCUAAAUCUCAACCAUUCCGCAACACACCGAACGCUAUUAAUCCGAACAACGCCAACAACAACAACAAUGCCACGACAACAACUACCAUCAAUACCAGCAACAACAUCAACAACAACGCCAUGAACUACAGUGACAAGGACCACAACUGUUCGGCGUCCCCCGCGGCGUCGAUCAGUGUCCAAGCCAAUAAUCUCUUGAAUCAAAUCGCUUCAUCCAUAUGCAACAACAACAACAACAAUACCACCAUCCAACAUUCGCAACAACAACAAAAUCACACGACUACGAUCGCCAUUGGGGAACGAAUAGGAGCCGAAGCAGUGGUGACAUCCGCAGCAACGUCAAACAGGCAGCGGCAAUUAGCAAAGGUAGCAGCGGCGGGGAAGGCAGUGCCAUACGAAUCAUCAGAAGGAGUUCCUGUGCCAGCUGUUACGCCAUCUAUCAACAGCACCAGCAGCAGCAAAAUAGAACCAGCAACAACUGAGGGCAGCAACAGUUGUAACAAUACCACUUCUAGUUUAGGUAACACCACCAGCAGCACCACAACCAGCACCUCCAACAGUACAGCGUCUUCGGGUUCAGCGAGUACAACAACAACAGCGACCACCACCACCACCUUGUUGUUGCAGUGUACGGCUGUGUCGAAACAGAGCAAUAGGCUGUUUAGCAAAAGGUCUGUUUCGGCUAGCCAACAAAUGCAGCAACACCACAAAAACAAGAAAAAUGUACAAAACUCCGCGGAAAUUGUGGCCAACAGUACUGGCAGUGGCAAUUCCCACCCACCAACAGCAACCAUGAUCUCAACCAGCAUCUCCAACUCGGCUGCUACCGUGAACAACAGCAGUAGUACAGCGACCUCAGCACCUGUCACCUCCUCAUCUACGGUCAUCAAACUGACCGUCAAAGAUGAAGUAAAACCCCGCGCCUCGGUGCGCACAGUUCGAAACAACAGCAUGGAAAGCUACCACCAUCACUAUCAGUACAUCAACAUUCCCAACAUCAUCACCUACAAGCGGGGGAGAUCUAAAAUUCCCGCCUCGUCUCGGAUACGAUCGAGUUUGGUCCAACAGCAGCAGCAAAAUCAAUCCCAGGACGGAAGUGGCUCCGGUGGGAGUGUUUCUAAGAAAAAUAAUCAAAUUACAGCAGGGGUUGCUGAUGGAUCAACGUCGGUUUCGGGUGCGAUUCAGUUGAUUUUGAAUAAGCCGAAUACUCGACGAACUCGGAACUCCGGUGGAGGAACCGCUCCUCCUCAGUUGAGUCUCGCUGCUGGAGUGGCCACUCCAGCUGGAGAGACUUCUACGACGUCCGUCGGAGAAGACAUCAAUGGGAAUGGAGGAACCACUUGUUCGGAAACAACCGUUCCGGGGUCCGAAGACGAUCGACUGAAUAACAAUGGGGACAUCAACCUGGAGUUGAGAAGCAUGACAGCCGAUGGUGGAACUUCACCGACAAUCGCUACCGGUGAAACCUCCAGUAGUAGCAGUGUCAUCAAACGUAACAAACGAUCUCGUAGCAGUACAAAGGUGGAGAAGGAGAAGAACGACGAGAAAGGCAGCAAAGUGUUGAGGAAAAAUGGUGGAACGACCACGAGCAGUGGCAUUCCGGUGGCCACCUCGGGUAGUAGCAAGGGUGCGAGCAGUGAGAGCAUUACGACUGCGACGACGACGUCCUCUAUUGCCAGCACUCCGACGGCCAGCCUAACGAGGAACACUUUUAGCAGUAGUUCCCUGAAUCGGAAGGCUAUCGGGGGAAGUAGUGGCGUUACUCGGGGAGGUGUCAUCAUAGGUAGUGGUGAUAAAGAAGGAGCCAGCGUAUCGGCUAGCAAUUCGCUAAAGACGCGAAAAAAGUAAACAAAUCGUACUACUGGGGGUGGGGAGAUGUGGGUUGAGUGGAUCAUUUUUCAUUCUAUUUUGUUUUUUUUUUCUCGUACUAAUCGCAGAUUAGUACUUUUGCAUUGCAUAUACAACAUUUUUACUUUCUUUUCUAGAUAAUAUUUAAGACCCUUCGUUGGCGGAUCAACGAAGAACCCUAACGUACAGAAUUGAUUUCUGUGAUGUGAUUUCAACUAAUAAUGUUUAUAUAGUUUUUUUUACUGAGAGUCAAUUUAUUUCUAAUGUUUUUUUUUUCUAAAUGUUUAUUUCUCUUUUUAAAAACCACACAAAUCAAAUGAAAGUGCAAAUUUAUCGCCGAGCGAUAACACCUCUCUAAUCAUCUUGAAUAUGUACAAUGUAUAAACAAACUAAUUACACUACUGGACACAACUGAAACAAAAAAAAAUUACAUAUAAUCCAAACUGUUACUAACCUUAGCUUAAUGGACAAGAAAAAAAAGUGCACUGAAAUAACUGGGGGACGCUAAAGCAGCUCGCUUUGAAAGAGUGAAUGUCACCGCUAUUGGGAAAGGCAGAACGCGUUUAAUUCCUAUUUUGAUCUGAAAAUGCUGUUGACCACCAAUUUUGUUUCUCCUUAAAGAGUGAGAUUUUUUAGGUGUUAAUCAUUCCUGGCUUUUCGCAUACUAACAUUUCGUUUUUUUUUUUGGUAAAUAUCCAUAUCAGUUUUAAAACCUGAAAGGGAGUUCAUUUUCUUGGAAUGAGUAUCGUAACCUGAAAAAAAAUGUCAAGCAAACUGAUUUUAUCGAGUAGCGAAAGAAAAUCUGUUAUAAGUUUAAAGUACAAAAAUAUAUGUACAAACUUA